CGUAUCUUAAUUUCGGAUGAAGGGAAUGAGAGAUAGAGAGGGGAGGGGGCAGAGAGAGAGAUUUUAAUCACUCCUGUCGCUUUAAGGACACUUAUCAAAGCCUUAUUAUGCGAACAGAAAAUACCAGGAGCCACUGAGCAACUGAGGGACGGACUGGAGUGGAGGUUUGUAGGGAAACUCAACGUUAUCUAAACUGGAAUAGACCGCUUCGUUGCCCUAUGGAGUUUGGAUGUCUGUCUUAUCCGGACGGCUCGGGUCAUUUAGGAAACACUGCGCAUAGCCUAAGUAGCUCUCAGACUUCGGAUCCUUUGCUUCUGAAGCGCAGAGCGGAGAGGAAUAUGGCUUAAAAGUCAAAGCGUCGUCCGCGGGAUUAUUCUCUCAUUCGACAGCUUCUAUCGACACGUUUACCAGGCGUUUAUUAUCAGCAUUAUCUCGGACGGAUACUGUCCCGAUACUGUCUCUCUCUCUCUUUUUUUUCUUGCCAGACUUGGAUCAUGGAUUGGGGUGGUGGAAAACAACAACGGGCAGCGACAUGAUUUCUCUGCGCUGUCUGCAGUAUGCUGCGAGCUCCCGCUUUGAACGCCGCUCGUUAUUACUGAGAUGCCACAAAAGUUACGAGACGAGUGCAGUGCGCGGAUUUUGAGCGUUUCGCCGUUUUUUUGCACCUGCUUUAGCGGCCAGCGCGUCGACACGGCGCAGAUUCGUGACAGAAUAGCGUGCGGAUCCGCGUCGCUUCGCUCACUCUCACCCAGUCGCUCGCCUGCGCGGGGAUACUUGGAACGUUUGCUUAUCGUAAUGGAGAUUGGCGAGGUUUAUACUCAAGGUCAUCCACUGUUGUGAGGCUACGGUCGCCUCGUUAUUUACAGAGCCCUGCACGCACCGCUGUCUCCACGUUAUAGCGCAGCGCAGGCUACGAUCCUCAGUCCGGUGUGUGUGUCUGCGUGUGCGUGCGUGCGCGUGUGUUAUUUGAUAUUGCGCGAGCUGUGGAGUAAUAUUGCUGUUUCUUUCGGACUCUGGGAGAAUUCUCUGACAGCAUGGAUGGGAAACUGAAGCAGGGUCGGAGAUGUCGAUCCAAGCGGGAGAGAGUGCGGAGGUUGCGGGAGGCUGGGAGUAGAGACGCCCGCAGCCCCGACCCCAACUCCUCCUGCUCCGACAGGGAGGGACACAGUCCGGGGAGGGACGCCGCCUCCCUGCCCGGUAAAAAAGCUCCGCACCCCGCGGCCGCCGCCAGAGUCUCGCGCCCCCCGCGGCGAAAGAGACGAGAGUCCAGCUCGCAGGAGGAGGACAUCAUUGAUGGAUUUGCUAUCGCCAGCUUCAUCAGCCUGGACCGUCUGGAGAAGAAGAGUGGAGUUGUGAAGACGCAAGAGAAGAAGGAGAGGUGGAAGGAGAAAAAGGCGGCAAAGCGUCAGAAGAAGGAGGACGAGGAGGUGGAGGAGGAAGAGGAGAAUGUUCAGCCAGUGGUGGAUCCCCUGGAGAACGGCUUCCUUCAUCACGCCCAGCGGGAGCAGGAGAGGAUGAAUGAGAGGCUGCUGAAGAAGACUUACUCCAAGAAGAACAAAAUGAUCAAACCUUUGGCUCUUCAUCCAGUCAAAGUUGGCGAGGACGAGACUGAACUCAGUCGACCACACAGGAGCAACUCCAAAGAGCAGCUCAGUGAGAGUUCCACUCACUCGCUGUCAGGCCGUGGCUACUCGUGUGACAGCGAGAGUGACAUUGACGACAAGGUGUCUGAUGUAGGAUCGGAGAAGCUCUUUUCCCCUACCACACCCAAAGGUGUGCCAACGAAUGAGAGUCCUGAGUCCAAGACUUGUAGCUCAGCCAAAGUCUCCGGUCUCCAGCGCAGCCAGGAGCAGAGCAACAGUGAGGUGCCUUUUGCACCUCCCGUGUCCAGCCCCACCCCGGCUUCGGCACCUACGGGCUCCCCUGCCCCUGCUGCAGCGGCGGCACCCUCAGAGCCUCCUAGGUUACGGCUUCCCACCCCGCCUCCUCUCAGUGUUAAAAAGGAGCUGCAACUUCCACCGCCCGUCCCUACACCUCCCCUGUUGAGGGAGCCUCGUGUUCUGCCCCGACAGCACCACGCACGGCCAGUGCACCACCCGUUGCCGUAUAGCAGCCUCCACGAAAUCAGCCACAGCAGCAGUCCAGUGGGUCUUCCCAAACAGCAUUUACCCCCGUCCCCUCACCACCACCUGAGUGGGCUUCCGUCCUCGGCCCCUGCAUUGCCUCUCUCCAUAGCCAACCUUUCUACCUCGCACUAUUCCUCCCUACGGAGCCCAGCCCAUCGCCAUUCGGCCAUGUUUGCAACCCCAGCCACACUGCCGCCGCCACCGACCUUACCGACCAACAGUUUAGUGGUGCCCGGGCACCCCGCCGGCACCCCCUACCCAGAGCAUGACCUCCUGAGGCAGGAGCUGAACAACCGUUUCCUGGUUCAGAGUUCAGAGCGGGGCCGGGGGCCGUCCGCUUCGCCGUUGGCCCCUGUGUCACUCCUGAGGGCCGAGUUUCACCAACACCAGCACAUGCACCAGCACCAACACACCCACCAGCACACCUUCACGCCCUUCCCCGCAAGUCUGCCCCCGGCCGCCAUCCUCACCCCGCCCACCGCACCCCCCAUGGUGCGUACCCAAGCCAGAAAUUUCGACAAAUAUGGCCCCAAACUGGACAAUCCAUUCAUCAGACAUUCAAAUUUCUUCCCCUCCUACCCCCCAACCAUGCCAGGCAUGCCCCCGCUGCUCCCACACUCAGGACCCUUCAGCUCGCUGCAAGGAGCCUUCCAGCCCAAGGCAUCCAAUCCCAUCGAUGUAGCAGCACGUCCUGGAGCAGUGCCUCAUACACUUCUGCAGAAGGACCCACGGAUAACAGAUCCAUUCAGGACAUCUGUUAGGAAACCUGGCAAGUGGUGUGCAGUGCAUGUCCAGAUCGCAUGGCAGAUCUACCACCACCAGCAGAAAAUGAAGCAAAUGCAGCUGGACCCUCACAAACUUGACAUGAAUGGGAAGCUGGACCUGUUUAGUCGACCCCCAGCACCAGGAGUCUUCCCAGGGUUCCCGUACCCUCACGAUCUGGCACGACCCCUCUUCCCCUCCACAGGCUCUGGACACCCCCCUCCGUCUCCAUACGGCCCCCCCUCCCACCCCAGUGGAUUCCUGCCUCCUAGCCAUUUGGCAGGUAAGUAUCCUUUCAGUCGCUCCAGUUCCUUUGGCGGCCUCGGCAACCUUUCAAGCAGUGCCUUCGGAGGAUUAGGCAACCCCUCGCUUGGGUCCAACAGCAUGUUUGGCACCAAGGAGGGGCCGGGAGGACUGCCCACAUUUGGCAGCCCCCACCACGACACCUGGAACCGACUUCGACGAACCCCGCCGUCGUUCCCCACCCCGCCGCAGUGGCCCAAAACCGCAGAUGCUGAGAGAAGCAGCUCCGCCAACAGCCACGAGAGAGAGCGAGAGAGGGAACGGGAGAGAGAGAGGGAGCGAGAGAAAAGAGACUCGUCGAUUGGCAAAGAGGAGAAAGAUAAAGACCGGGAUUCUGUGGAUCGCAACCGCCACUCCAACCGCUCGUCUCCGGCCUCUGCACCAGUCAGCUACCAGAUCAGCAGCCUGAUUCGCUCCAGCAGCCAGAACUCGAGCGAUUCAGGUCGGCAUCACAGCGGCAGCGUAGACAGGGUCCGCGAGGCAGAGAAGGAGCUACUGGAGCGACACAGAGAGUCUUCCGCACUGGCUGAUGUGAAGGUGAAGGAGAGUCGCUCGCCGGGCAAGGAGAUGCUAGAGAGAAGACCCUCAGAAGACUCCAUCAAACCCACUCAGCGUUCCCCUUCCCCCUACUCUAAGACAAUGAUCAAUGAGCAGGGCAUCAAGAUGGCAGGCGGGCCUCUGUCUACGCUCAAGGACAGCGAGAGGAAGGAGCCCCCACCUGCAGAGCUCCUCCAUAAGGUGAAAAAUGACAUGAAGAUUAAGGAGGAGAGGAAGGAGGAGCAGGAGGUCAUGGUGGUUAGUUCGGAGCCGGCCCCCCAGCCACCGGCCCAAGCUCUUCCUCCUCCCGUCAGCCAACCGGGAAACCCGCACCACCACCAUCCACCUUUGUCCCAGCAGCCCCCACUUCCUUCACCGCGUGGUAGUGACAUCUCAGCACCUGGCCUGCAUGGUGUCCCCAUGGCGCAUUCUCUGCCUCUUUCCAUGAGCGCCAUGCCUCAGAUGGGCAGCCUCAACGUGCUAGACCGGGCUCGCAUGGCUCCCUUCAUGGGAGCACUUGCAGGAAGAGAGCGCCUGCCGCACACAGCCUUUCCCUGGGAUCCGCUCAGAGAGGCCUACCGCAGCCUGGAUCUGCAACGCCGCAUGGACUUCCAGCUCAGGCCUGAGCCGGGGCAUCGUUUCCCCAGCAUGUACGAACAGGAGCGAGCCUACCGCGAAAGGGAGGCUCAUGACUACUCCCACCACGAGCACCUGUUGGAGGUACGCAGGGAGCACGAGAGAAUGCGACAGCAAGCCGAGGAGCGAGAGCGCCUCCACCUGAGGGAGGAGCUGGACAGAGCACGGCUUCAUCAGCUGCACCAGUCCCCAAUGGAGGGUCAUCUACCACACAUGCCCCCCUUUAUGCCCCACCUAGGCGGCAUGCCCUACCCCAGACUCAGCCCCUCCACAGGACACAAUGGCCCUCUGAACAGAACACCCCCUACCGCCGCACUUAGCGCACCCCCACCCCUUGUGCCAGCUGGCAGUGCCAGGCCAGCCUCGCCCCGGAGGACUACCCCCCUCACAACCACCCAGGACCCACGGGACUACUCCCCAUCACGUAACCCCAAAGAGGUAGAGGCUCGGUAGCUUCUUGGAAAAGUGCAAAAAUGUCUUACAGGGCGCUUUCACACGCCCCCGCUCCUCUAAUCUGAAAGCUUGUUGUAAACAAAAUGCACUGCUCUUCUCCACCAGAGAAGAGCAAAAGUCCCUAAGGGAAAGGGUAUGAUUGUACAAAUUAAAGGUGUGUAAGGCUAAUUAAGCACAUGCCAUGACUUUAUUUUUAGUGGACUGGAGGUCGAAUAGCGUCGGUAAAGAGAACAUAAAUAUGUGUAUGUUUAUUGCCGACUUAAAUAUUUGAUAAUUAUUAAUAUAUUAAUCCAAUACCUUUUUUUCAACUUUGUGCAAAAUAGAGGUCCUCAAAUGAGUUUGUACAUUUCCUAUCCUUGUUCCAUGUAUAGAUAUCAUUUUUAUGAAUUUUAUGUAUUUUGUGCAUUAGUCACGCCUUUUACAAUAUUUAUCCCAGUUGAUUGUGAGACAUAUCCCUUAUGACCCACUGUAAAGACUGGAUUUUGGUUUCAGUAACUUAACCUCAUGGUACCAGGAUAUCCUCAGUGAUGACAAUGUACAAUGCUACAUUACCGAUUUGUUCUGUUCAAUUGUUUUGCCUUUGAGAUAUGCAGAUAAAUAUAUAUUAUGAGGUCUUUGUUGAGUCUCUGUAAAGAAAACAGAUGUAAAUAACUUGUUGCUAUUCCUUCGCUGCAAGUUUACCAUGUAAAUUUAUUAGGCUUUUUAACCAUUUCUAGAAAAACAAAAUCAAAACGAAACACGGGAAAAUCACCUGCCUGCUGAAUAUUGCGGAGAGAGACAAGUGUGGCCGACGGACAGGAAGUACGAAGGGAGGGUGUUGUAAGGAGGCCUAAACGGAUCAUCUGCAAUCUAUGCAAAGCAGCACACAGCACCCUGCAGAAGAAAUCACCUGGAGGGAAAAGACCAUACCGGUGAUACUGAGAGCAACCUGGAUUUAACACCUGUUUAUAUUUACAAAUGAAAUAACGACUAAAUAAUUCAAAGACUUCCAAGUCACAAACUGGACCAGCCCCAGAUAGAAAAAUGAGGACACUGUUUAGUGGGCGGCAAAAGGACUCUCUCUGUCAACCUUGUGGUGUUGUGCAGUUGUUUUUCUUAGACUCUUGUAUACAAAACAAGUAGAGUUUUAGGCGUGCAAAAAAAAAAUGAAAAUGAACAUUCAUGGUUUAAAACGUACGGAAUAAAGUUUGGACCUAAUGUCAAA